GGCCGGUGAUUGAUAAUAAAAGUGAAAUAAAUAAAUUUGCAAUCGCCGAACGUUUGGUUACUGAUGUUAAAAACAACUUUCAGCACCUGUAGAGGGUCGUGCUUAAAGUUCCCGGCACAGUCUGUCAAAGACAAUGCGGGCAAAUGGGCAAAGCGGUGUCUUUUCUACGCUUUUGCUUAACUUUUUAAAUUCGAAACUACCCAAACCAUCAAAGAUUCCUAGACAGAAAAUGAAUUUCAAAGCAUUUACGGCAGUCAUAUGCGUCUUCGUUGGAUGCUGUAGUAACGUUAUAUUUUUGGAAUACCUCGUAAAAGAGGACCCUGGAUCUGGGAAUCUGAUAACGUUUUCACAGUUUCUUUUUAUUGCUAUUGAAGGGCUGGUGCAUACAAUUGCGUCUCGUAAUUUGAAGCCGAAAAUACCACUGCGUAAUUAUACGCUCUUAGUAGUUAUGUUUUUUGUGACAAGCGUAGUCAAUAACUUCGCGUUUGAUUUCAACAUACCAAUGCCUUUACACAUGAUAUUUAGAGCGGGAUCUCUUAUUGCUAAUAUGAUAAUGGGCAUUCUUAUUUUGAAAAAGAGAUAUAUUUUCUCCAAAUAUUUAUCAGUUUUUAUGAUAACAGCCGGGAUUAUAUUAUGUACAAUUAUAUCGGGAAGUAAUGUGAAAAAUGCCUCCGCGUUUUCGCCAAUAGACAGCGGAACUGCCGCAUAUUCGGAUUUCUUCAUAUGGAUUAUUGGCAUUGGUCUACUUUCUAUAGCUCUUUUUAUAUCGGCUUAUAUGGGCAUUUGCCAGGAAACUCUUUACAAAAGAUUUGGAAAACAUCCGGAAGAGGCACUUUUAUACACGCAUCUGAUCCCGUUACCCGGUUUUUUCUUGAUAUAUAAAAAUAUAUGGGAGCACUUGAGCAUAGCAAUUGCAAGUGAACCAAUGACUUUACCAGUAAUUUCAUUAAUUGGGUUGAAACUUCAAAUUCCUCAAAUGAUGUUUUAUUUAAUUUGUAAUAUUAUUACGCAGUAUCUUUGUAUUAGCUCGGUGUAUGUCUUGACAACUGAGUGUGCUUCGUUAACAGUUACACUUGUGGUAACUUUAAGAAAAUUUGUAUCCUUACUAUUUUCUAUAGUAUACUUUAAAAAUCCGUUUACUAUUUAUCACUGGAUUGGGACAGGACUAGUUUUUUUCGGGACAAUCGUUUUUACAGAAGUAGUUCCACGAAUUACUGAGCAUAUACAAAUGCAGAAGCAUAAAAAGCAAUAAUUAUAUCAUUGAUUUGCAUGUAUAUAAAUAUAUAAUGUAAAUAUUUUGUUUACUACAGUUGAGUAUAAGUAGACAAUUUUUUAUAAACUAAUGUGUUUUCUUUUCUCGCAAUAAUUUCACAUUUAUUCUGCCCGACGCCGGUGCUGUCAAGUUUUCAUUUUCUUUUCUCAAAGUGUUGUACUCUGAUCAGGCGAAUAUUGGCAUUUUCUACCAUCUACGAUAAGCGAUAAGCGAGAGUGCGCGUUGUUUAGCUGGUUUUCGGAUAUCUGUUCACAAAAAUUCAUCAAAAUAAUGUGCGACAACUUUGUUACAAGAAAAUGACAGUCAAUCGUUCAUUUGUUAAAUCUUUCUUGUUCUAUUUUCAUUUGACAAUAUUUUCGCAAUGAGGCGACAAUUUUUUCGGGAACAGAAAGCGCUAUUAGUUAUUUGUGUGAAGUAUGCUCUAAAACAAUGUUAAUAAAUUGACAAAGUCUAUUGGGAUAAUUGAA